ACUACCAAAAUCAUAUUCCUACAACCCUGACGAACGACGCGGCUGUCAUUUGCGUUUUGCGUGAAUUAUAAUUUUCACCGACAAUUUAGCGCAAAAACAUAUUUUCAGUAGUGAGGAAAAAUAACAAACUGUUGCGAUGGAUGACAUGCUGAGUCCCAGCUUUUCCAUACCCAGCAUUGGGCAUGCACCCACGCCGAUUCAUCACAGCCUCGACCCCGAUCAACAGAUAGAAGCCUUACCACAUCAAGUUUAUCAUCCAGCAGCACCAGAACCACCGAGCGCAGUCGUACAACAAUCUGAUUCCAACAAUGUGACAGGUGGUCCAGAUGGCAGUGGAGGGAGUGGCCUCUUUGGUCACGAGCCAUCGUUGCCAUUGCCGCACAAGCAAAUGCAGAGUUAUCAGCCAUCAGCGUCGUAUCAACAGCAGAAUCAAGUUAAUGCUGGCGGCAGCACACCGCAAUCUCUGAUGCAGCCGCAGACACCGCAGAGCAUGAUGUCGCACAUGAUGCCGAUGACUGAACGAGGUGCAGGAGGUUUGGGAAGCGUACCCGAUUCCUCAUUGAGCAACAUACACCAGACCAUGGGACCGUCGACGCCAAUGACGCCUGCAACACCAGGAUCAGCGGAUCCGGGCAUUGUACCACAGCUGCAGAACAUUGUAUCUACCGUGAAUUUAUGUUGUAAAUUAGAUUUAAAGAAAAUUGCACUCCACGCACGUAAUGCCGAAUAUAAUCCAAAGCGAUUUGCGGCUGUGAUUAUGCGUAUUCGUGAACCGCGCACAACAGCAUUGAUCUUCAGCUCUGGAAAAAUGGUCUGCACUGGUGCAAAAAGUGAAGAUGAUUCGAGACUGGCAGCUCGAAAGUAUGCACGUAUCAUACAAAAAUUGGGAUUCCCGGCAAAGUUUUUAGACUUUAAGAUACAAAAUAUGGUCGGAUCCUGCGAUGUCAAGUUCCCCAUUCGUCUAGAGGGCCUCGUACUCACGCAUUGUAACUUCAGCAGCUACGAGCCGGAACUGUUUCCUGGACUUAUCUAUCGUAUGGUGCGACCACGUAUUGUGCUGCUCAUCUUUGUGUCGGGCAAAGUGGUGUUGACGGGCGCCAAGGUGCGGCAGGAGAUCUACGAUGCUUUCGAUAAGAUAUUUCCUAUAUUGAAGAAGUUCAAGAAGCAGUCAUAAAUGCACGCCUUCAAAUCGAGUUUAGUACAUAGUAGCGUAAGAAACUAGUUUAUGGACUAAUUGACUAAUUAUAAAUCGUAUUAGGUUGCGUAUGUGUGUUUUGCAUUGGAACAUCUCGAAUCAGUUCCACCAAAUAA